ACGCAAACAAACAACCCAGAUCUAAAUUCAAAAUGGCAGACCAAGUACAAGUAUCCGAGGAGGAUAUCCUCCUCGCCAAGCGCAUCAUAUCCGCUGCAGAGCGCCAUGACAUCCCCGCUCUUAAGGUCCUGCUCAAAGAAGGCUCAGCAAACGUCAUGGACCCUACAGCCACAACCGCAACUUCACCCCUCCAUGCAGCAAUCUUGUCGUGCGGAGAAGCAAAGGAUGGGAAAGAGGCGGGCGACGAUGCGUACCAGACUGUUGAUUUGCUGCUGUCGAACGGAGCUAUUUGGAAUGAUUUGAACAAGGAGGAUGAAACCCCCGGAUGCGUUGCACUGCGCCUUGGCCAGAGGAAGAUCUACGAGAAUAUCGUGGAGGCAGGUGUGAGAGCUGAGCUACUGUUUGCGAAGAUGCAGGCGCUUGGUUUGGGGGACGAUGAUGAGGAGGAGGAAGAAGAGGGGGAGGAAGUUCUUGAGGAGCAGCCGGCUGUUAAGAAGCAGAAGGUUGACGAGGAGACCGCGCAAGCGGUAACGCAGGCAGUCGAGGAAGAAAUUUUGGACGACGUCAGCAAAGACAACAAGGCGUAUUUACGUUCCCAGCUAAGAUACAAGCCGGGUAUUUUGCUGGACGAGAGCGACAACGCUGUGAUGAUGGACUGGGAGACCGAGAUUAUGCAGAGACAUGCGGAAACUCUCAUUCCUAAGAAGGGGCUCAAGGUCAUGAAUGUAGGCCACGGAAUGGGCAUUGUCGACACAGCGAUCCAGACGCACGAGCCGGCGGAGCAUCACAUCAUCGAGGGCCACCCGCAAGUACACCAGCGACUACGGGAGCAGGGCUGGUACGACAAGCCCAACGUCAUCAUCCACGAGGGCCGAUGGCAGGAUAUCCUGCCGAAGCUGGUCGAGCAGGGUGUUGUGCUGGAUGCGAUUUACUACGACACAUUCGCCGAGGACUACGCAGCGCUCAAGGAGUUCUUCUCCGAGUACGUAGUUGCGCUUCUUGCACCUGAUGGCAAGUUUGGAUGGUACAAUGGUCUUGGUGCGGACAGGCAGGUCUGCUACGACGUGUACACCAAGGUCUCGGAGAUUGAUCUGCACGAGGCGGGUUUCGACACCGAGUGGGAGGACAUCAAGGUGCCUGCAGGUCUGCACGGCAGCAAGCAAUGGGAGGGCACGCGCCGGCCGUACUGGACCAUCGACCUGUACAAGCUGCCUGUGAACACUUUCGUGAAAUGAACGGGGCGAUUCGAUAUUCGAAAAUGAAAAUAUUAGAGGCUUAAAAUUAUGAUACCUUGAGCCAUGAACAAGGCCCCGAGGUCCUACGAGACAAUAGAAUAUAACGAAACAUUACUUCC